AUGCUCGGAGAUAACUAUAUUACUGUGCACCAAUGGAAGCAAGGUUUUGACCAUCGCACGAAUGAAAUCAAAAAGACAUUGGUUUGGAUGCAACUCCCUGAUCUACCUAUUGAGUUCUACCACCCGGAGGCAGUGCUGAGGAUAGCUCAGAGGGCAGGAACGCCAGUCCGCGUUGAUAAGUCUACUGAGACUGGGGCGCGUGACAAAUACGCGAGGGUUUGCAUCGAAGUGGAUCUCACGAAGCCUUUACUAUCGGCUUACAAGAUUGAAGGGGUGGAAUACUACCCUCAGAAUGAGGGGCUGAAGAAUAUUUGUUUCGAAUGUGGAACGUAUGGCCACUCGCAAGCUGUGUGCCCAACCGUGCAUAAACCCGAUCCUACAACCCCACAGACCCCCGUCGAACCUACCCAGUCUGCUCACACUGAACUGUAUGGUGAGUGGAUGGUUGCCAAACCAAGUCAGCAAAAGCAGAGCAGGAAGCCAGCGAACCCCAGCCAACCACCGGUCCAAGAGCGCCAAGCUAACCGAACCCCCCCCCCCCCCCGUAGUAGUGGAUCCCGCUUUGCAAUCCUUGAGGAGGAGGAGCUCCCAGCUACUUCCCCGAGCCCAUCAAACAAAACACCACCAAAUUCCAGACCCCCAUCCCAUCCCCAGCAUCCCCGCCCAAGCAAGUCCAACAACACCCAACAAACCAUUUGGGUGGAGAAACCCAAAAUUUCUGACAAUACCGCGCAUGCACCCAACCGCAACUUGGACUCUACCCAACCCAUGAACCCUGUCACUGAACAAGACCCAGCCCUGUCGAGCCCCAAAAAAGCCACGAUAACUUCGCCACCCCACGUCCACGAAUCUCCCUCCACCACCCUCCAAACUCCGAUCGAGACACCCCCUCCCCCAAAUGUUGUCGAGUCCAGCAGCCCUGUAGUGACUGCGCAAGUUCCGAGCUCCAAACCACCCACUACCCCACCUGAAGCAAUUGUUCCAGUAAGUAGUGUGGGAAAGCAGGGGUUGGUAAGUACAGAUAGAAGGGCGUUAGACAAAUCAGCGCCGGAUCAUACCCAGGAUGAGGCUCCUCCAGGAUCCGUCCCCGACCUUUAG